AUGCACAUUGCCCGGAUUGCUGCAGCUCCAGGAUUCCUUUCUCUCUACUUCAAUAAGACAUCGCUUCUCCUGUGCCGUACGAGUUCCAGUCGUGGGAUUUUCUCGAGUCCUUCAUUACCAAUGGCAUCGCAAGAUGGCGACAGCGAUCCCGGAAGCACCGUUUCCGUUGGCCUGGAACCUUUCUGCUUCAGGCAGUUCGAUGACCCCAAGUAUCCAGGAACAAGGAUUCCGUUGGACAAGGAUUCAUUUAUGAAGAAGGUGAGCUCGCGGCAGGACAGGUACACGGGAUACUUGGCUCGAAGGCCAGAGGAACUUCCGGUCUUAUCGCGGUGGUUACCGGCCUCGCUUGUUCAGCACCAACUUGUCCGUGCUAAGUACCUGGACUUAAUUCUGUAUUCGCGCGAGCAGAUUGCGAAGGAAAAUGCUGCAAUGUCGAAGAACGAAGAGGUGAUAGAUACAUCGCAACCUGAAUGGUUCAUAGUGGCGAUUAAGGCGCAAAAUGAACCUUUUGAGCUUCCGAUGAAUCCUAUAACGAUUAUGAGGAAUGCGCUUAUAGAGGAAGGAGGGAGUGGAGUGUCGGUAAACCGUGAAGCCUAUGGACGUUCAGUGGAAUAUUGGAGCAAGCAUGUGGUGGUUCAAGAUGACAAUGAGUGA